UACUAUAAAAAACCGCGAAGAACUCUUGACAAAACUUGGAAAGAUGAAACUACCAGAAGAAUACACAAUAUUAUCAUUUGAUGUUACUAACCUAUACACAAACAUACCAACCACAGAAACAUUACAAAUUUUAAAGAACAUACUAGACGAAAAACUUAACAAUGAAACAGACAGCAAGAACAUAUAUAAAUUAUUUGAAAUCUGCAUACAACAAAACUUCUGUAGCUUCGAUGGACAAUAUUAUACAUAUGACAAGGGAUUACCAAUGGGUUCUCCGCUUAGCGGAUUGAUGGCUGAUAUAUUUUUAAACAACUUAGAGGAAAAAAUGAUUAAUAACAACAAGAAUCCGUAUAACAAUAACAUAAUUAUGUGGCAGCGAUACGUGGAUGAUGUUUUGGUUGUUUUGAAUACGAAGGAAGACCACAUUACAAAGAAUUUACACGCAUAUAUUAACACGUUACAUGAAAACAUUCAAUUUACUUUGGAAACAGAACAAGAUAAUAGAAUAAAUUUUUUGGACAUAACAAUUAUAAAAACUGACAAUGAACUACAAUUUAAAAUCUUUAGAAAGAAAACACAGACAGACAUAGUGAUACCACAAGACUCAAAUCAUGAAUAUACACACAAAUUAGCGGCUUUUAGAGCAUACACACACAGAGCAUUACACACAAGAUUACAGGAAGAUGAAAUGAAAAAAGAAACAACAAUUAUAAAACAAAUAUGUAAGAACAAUGGUUAUAAACCAGAUAUUAUUGAUAAAAUCAUAAUAAGACAGAAGAACAAAGAAACACGCAACACUCUGACAACACUAAGCCAAAACCAAGAAAACAAAUACAAAACAUACAUAGCUUUGGAAUAUCAAGGAGACAUAAAUGGUAAGAUGAGGAAAAUAUUUGAAAAAUACAACAUUAAGCUAACCUCUAAGAGUAACAACACAAUAGGUCAAUUAUUAUUAAAUAAUAAGGACAAAAUUAACAAAUUAGAUAACAACGGAAUAUACAAAUUAACAUGCGACACCUGCCAAGCAACGUAUAUAGGUGAAACAGGAAGAUCUCUGCGAACAAGAAUAAAAGAACACAAAAACCAACAAAAAUCUAACUUUGGCAGACACCUUAUUUUCAAUAAAAACCAUCAAUUUGACGAAAAUAAAAACGCAACCAUAAUACAUUAUAGAAACAAAGGUAAUGUAAUGGAAGCUCUCGAAAACUACGAGAUAAACAAAUUCAAAUUUUUUAACCCACACACAAUUUGUCUCAACGAACAAAUCACGACAAUGACACGACCAUUGUAUACUUACCUAAAUACACCAUACACCCCUCCCCGAAAACCCCCAGAAGAACGAGGAUUUACAGCCACAGUUGCAGCUUAAAAUCGCAACUAUCUGGGUCCCAUGGCAACUACUCCUCUCCUUUCUCCUACCUUUUCUCCUUUCUUUCCCUAUUUCCCUAACUAAAACGCUAACUUGACAUAACAUGACAUUGAAUUUUUUAAACCUUGACUCAAGCACCAAGAACUUACUCAACAUUAACGAAGCUUCAUAUAAUAACAGGAAAAUAAUAUUUAUGCUAAUUAUGACCACAAAGACAACAAAAUAUAUUCAGCCAAAAACACCAUACACCCCUCCCUAAAAAGAAACCCCCAGAAGAACGAGGAUUUUAAAGCCAUGGUUGCAACUCUAAAAUCGCAACUAUCUGGGUCCCAUGGCAACUACUCCUCUCCUUUCUCCUGCCUUUUAUCCUUUCUUUCCCUAUUUCCCUAACUAAAACGCUAACUUGACAUAACAUGACAUUGAAUUUUUAAACCUUGACUCAAGCACCAAGAACUCACUCGACAUUAACGAAGCUUCAUAUAAUAACAGGAAAAUAAUAUUUAUGCUAAUUGUGACCACAAAGAUAACAAAAUGUAUUCAGCCAACCUAACCUUACCACAAUAUUUUAAACUAUUUAAAUUUUAAAGAAUACACGGCUAUAUUCACAAGGUUGAACAUAACCUAAAAAUAAAGAUAAAGCAACCAUUACUAAUAAUAACAUUCAACGUGAACUAAAAAUAAGGAAAAACAUAAAAAUAGAGAAAAUUUUAACAACAUUUAAGAACGAAUAAUUCAAGAAAGUACUGAUGAAAGAAGAGAUGAUUCCAGAUUUCGAAAAUUAAAAGUAUAACAGACGUGGCUAUUGCUCCUGAAGAUGACUAAAAAGAAUUAGUC